UCAAAGGAGUUUCUUUGUUGUGUGUAUCUUUACAGAACACAACAGGAAUUCAAAAUGAAUCAGAACACUCUUGAGUCUUUGGAAGCCCCGGAGACCCUGGCUGAUGUACCUGAACAUGUGUUUCGAGGGCUUCCUGAGGAAGUGAGGCUUUUUCCAUCUGCUGUUGAUAAGACACGGAUUGGUGUCUGGGCUGCAAAGUCAAUUUUAAAAGGGAAAAAGUUUGGCCCAUUUGUUGGUGACAAGAAGAAAAGAUCUCAAGUGAAGAACAAUGUGUACAUGUGGGAGGUAUAUUAUCCAAACUUGGGAUGGAUGUGUGUUGAUGCCACUGAUCCAAAGAAGGGGAAUUGGCUUCGGUAUGUGAAUUGGGCCCGAUCAGGAAAGGAACAAAAUCUAUUUCCGCUGGAAAUCAACAGGACCAUUUACUAUAAAACUUUGAAGCCAAUUGAGCCGGGCGAGGAGCUGCUAGUGUGGUACAAUGGGGAAGACAACCCGGAGAUAGCAGCUGCUAUAGAGGAAGAGAGAGCCAAUACCCGGAGCAAGCGGAGCUCGCCGAAAGCCAAGAAAGGGAAGAAAAAAUCCCAGGAGAGUAAAAAUAAGGCAAACAAGACCGGAGACAAAGCAAAACUAAAGAAAGGUGACACUGUCUCAGCUUCUGCAAACAUGAGGGAUUCUGAAGAAGGGCCUAAAGAGGAAGAAGAGAAACCUUCAGCUUCAGCAGUGCUUUCUCUAGAUCAGACAGCUGUUAUUCAGGAGAUGGUAAAUCAGGAUGCACUUCCCAAAUUAAUAAUCCCACCUCCUGUCUCUGAGCCUCAAACACUGCCACAAGGGACACCUGAAGUAGUAAAUUGUGGUUCAGAUGACUUGGAGGAGGAGGAUGAGGAGGAUGAAGAAGAGGAUGAAGAAGAGGAAGGGGAAGAAGAUGCUAAUAUACCAAAUGAAAGUUCUGAGAGAGAGCCAGAAAUAGAGUGUGAAGGAAAGCAAGGAACAUCAGAAGAACCAAGAAAUACCACAGAAGAAAAUCCAGAUGGCUCUCUUGAAGUAAUGCCAGCUGUCAGAAUUCCUAAAACAAAAGGAGACUCCAAUGGUGAUGUAUUUGAAACAUUCAUGUUUCCUUGUCAGCAUUGUGAAAGGAAGUUUACAACCAAACAAGGACUUGAACGUCACAUGCAUAUCCAUAUAUCUACUAUCAAUCAUGCUUUCAAAUGCAGGUACUGUGGAAAAGCUUUUGGUACCCAGAUUAACAGGAGAAGGCAUGAGAGACGUCAUGAAGCAGGGCCAAAAAGGAAACCAAUCUUAACACUACCACAGCCAGAUGACCUUGUAGACAGUCCAGUAUUUGGAGAUGAUACAAAUCUUAAAGAUGAAUCAAAUGCUUCCAGUCUUUUACAAGAUUGCAUGAUUGUAGAUUCAGAGAGAGUUUCUCAAGAAAUUGCAGUUUCUUCUGUUGCAGAAGAGAAUGGAGACCUUAAAGAACUGCAUCCAUGCAAAUACUGUAAAAAGGUUUUUGGAACCCAUACAAACAUGCGGAGGCAUCAGCGCAGGGUUCAUGAACGUCAUCUGAUACCUAAAGGAGUAAGGAGAAAAGGAUUCUUACUUGAAGAACCACAACUUCCACCAGAGCAGACCCAGCCGACCCAGAAUGUAUAUAUAGCAAGCACAGAGCUAGAAGAAGAAGGAGAAUCAGAUGAUGUCUACAUUAUGGAUAUUUCUAGCAAUAUCUCUGAGAAUUUAAAUUAUUAUAUUGAUGGAAAGAUUCAAUCUAAUAGCAGCACUAGUAAUUGUGAUGUGAUUGAAAUGGAGUCUAAUCCUGCAGACUUGUAUGGUCUAAAUUGUUUGCUUACUCCUGUUACAGUGGAAAUUACUCAGAGUAUAAAGACUACUCAAGUACAUGUAGCAGAGGAUCCUCCCAAGGACUCCUCUAGUAGCACAAACAGUGAAUCAAAGAAGCGGAGAACCACUAGUCCACCUUUUUUACCUAAAAUAAAGGCAGAAACUGAUUCGGAACCUAUAACGCCAUCCUGUUCCUUGAACUUACCUCUUAGUGUAUCUGCUACAGAGACUGUUCCAUAUCAUAAAGAGAAAAGUGUCUUUUUGUCUUCAAAGCUCAAACAACUUCUUCAAACUCAAGAUAGUAACAAGCUAGCAGCAGUUAUAUCUACAACAGAUACCCCUAAAUUAGGUUCAUCUGUAUCAUCAUCUUCUUCUAUUUUGCCUGUAUCAUCAAGUAGAUUUAAGCGAAGAACCAGCUCUCCUCCUAGUUCUCCACAGCACAGUCCUGCUCUUCGAGAUUUUGGAAAACAGAGUGAGAGUAAAACAGUGUGGAAUGAUCCAGCUGUUAGUUCUAAAAUACCCAAACUAGAGAGCCACAGCAGUUCACCUUCCUGGAGUUUAUCCGGAAGGGAAGAGAGAGAUACUGUGAGCCCUUCAUGCUUUGAUGAUUACAAAAUCUCUAAAGACUGGACAGCUAGCACCACUUUUGGUAAUGUAUGCAACCAGCAGCCCUUGGAUUUAUCCAGUGGUAUAAAGCAGAAAUCUGAGCUUACGGGAAAAGCUCAAGUCCCUUGGGAAUCUGUAUUAGAUCUUAGUGUGAAUAAAAAAUCCUGUGGUGACAUGGAUAUCAAAGAAUAUAAAGAGAACAAUUCAGUGCAGCCUACCUGUAGUGGCAUAAAAAAGAAGAAACCAACAACUUGCAUGUUACAGAAGGUUCUUCUCAAUGAAUACAAUGGCAUAGAUUUAGCCUUGGAAAAGACUCCAGAUGGAAAUAGGAGCCCAAGUCCUUGUAAAUCAUUAGAUCCCCAGCCAGAACCUGAUCUUGACCCAGAUUCCAGUUUAUCUGCUCCAGUUGCUCAUUCCUCUCCUUGCACUUCUCCAUCGCCUCUUCCACAGACUUCUGUGACUUCUGGUCAGCUGCCACCACUCCUUAUCCCAACAAAUCCCUCUUCUCCUCCACCCUGCCCUCCUAUUUUAACUGUUGCUACACCUCCCCCACCUCUCCUUCCUACUCUUCCUUUACCGCUUCCAGCCUCAUCUUCCAGUAUUUCUCCUCCUCCAUGUCCAUCACCACUUUCUAAUACCACUACACAGUCACCACUUCCUAUUCUUUCACCUACAGUGUCUCCAUCAGCAUCUCCUAUUCCUUCUGUUGAGCCUCUAAACUCUGUGGCUUCACCUGGGCCACCCACUUCCUCCUCUUCCUCCUCCUCCUCUUCUUCUUCCUCUUCAUUCUCAUCUUCCUCUUCUUCCUCUUCCCCAUCACCACCGCCCCUCUCAGUGGUUUCAUCUGUCAUUUCAUCUGGUGAUAAUUUGGAAGCACCUCUACCUAUAUCUUUCAAACAAGAAGACACAGAGAAUGAGGAUCAGAAACCAAUUGAUGAUCCACAGACAUCAGAUGAACAGGAUAUUAUUCAGGAAACAUUCAAUAAAAACUUUAUUUGUAAUGUUUGUGAAUCACCUUUUCUUUCUAUUAAAGACCUAACCAAACAUUUAACUAUUCAUGCUGAAGAAUGGCCCUUCAAAUGUGAAUUCUGUGUGCAACUGUUUAGGGACAAAACAGACUUAUCAGAACAUCGUUUUUUGCUUCAUGGAGUUGGGAAUAUAUUUGUAUGUUCGGUCUGUAAAAAGGAAUUUGCUUUUUUGUGCAAUUUACAGCAGCACCAGCGAGAUCUCCAUCCAGAUAGGGAAUGCACACACCAUGAGUUUGAAAGUGGCACCCUCAGACCCCAGAAUUUUACAGACCCCACUAAGGCCAAGGCAGACCAUGUUCAGAGUCUACCAGCACAUCCUUUAGAAGUUUCUAAAGAGGAGGAGGAGGAGGAAGAAGUAAAUGAUUCUUCAGAAGAGCUUUAUACUACCAUAAAAAUAAUGGCUUCUGGAGUAAAGUCGAAAGAUCCAGAUGUUCGACUGGGCCUCAAUCAGCACUACCCAAGCUUUAAACCACCCCCAUUUCAAUAUCAUCAUCGAAACCCUAUGGGCAUUGGGGUUACAGCCACAAAUUUUACCACUCACAAUAUCCCACAGACUUUUACUACUGCCAUCCGCUGCACCAAAUGUGGGAAAGGUGUUGAUAACAUGCCUGAAUUACACAAACAUAUUUUGGCAUGUGCUUCAGCUAGUGACAAGAAGAGGUAUACACCCAAGAAAAAUCCAGUACCACUGAAACAGACUGUACAACCCAAAAAUGGUGUGGUGGUUAUAGAUAACUCUGGGAAAAAUGCUUUUAGACGGAUGGGGCAACCCAAAAGACUAAACUUCAGUGUUGAACUCAGCAAAAUGUCCUCUAACAAGCUCAAACUAAGUGCACUGAAGAAGAAAAAUCAGUUAGUCCAUAAAGCAAUUCUACAAAAAAAUAAAUCUGCAAAGCAAAAGGCAGACUUAAAAAAUAGUGAUUCAGAUUCUCACUCACACAUUUGCCCUUACUGUGAUCGCGAAUUCACUUACAUUGGGAGCCUGAAUAAACAUGCAGCUUACAGCUGCCCUAAAAAGCCAAUUUCUCCUUCGACCAAAAGAAGUGCUUCUCAUUCAUCUAAGAAAGGUGGGAUCUCAUCAUCUGCAAAUAGUGAGAAAAGUAGCAACCAACGAAGACGGACAGCUGAUGCUGAGAUAAAAAUGCAAAGCAUGCAAACCCACUUGGGCAAGACAAGAGCACGGAGCUCAGGGCCCACCCCAAAUCCAUUGCCCUCUCCAUCCUUUAGAGCUAAACAGAAGGUCAAAUUUGUACCUUCAGUGAAGUCCAAAAAAUCAAGCUCCUCUUCUCUUAGGAACUCCAGUCCUGUAAGAAUGGCCAAAAUGUCUCAGACAGACGGGAAGAAAGCAAAAGCAGUAGCCAAGAACCAUUCUGCUCAUCUCUCCAGCAAAGCAUCCCGGAACCUACAUGUGAAAGUACAAAAAAGUAAAGCUGUUUUACAGAGCAAGCCUGCUUUAGUAAGCAAGAAAAAAUCAGAUAGAUUCAGUGUUAAAUCUAGAGAAAGGAGUGGAGGGCCCAUCACACGAAGCUUGCAGCUGGCAGCCUCUGCAGACCUAACUGAAAGCAAGAGAGAAGAGAGCAGUACAAAGCAGGAGAUUAAGGAUUUCAGGAACCUCCUGUAAAAACAAAACAAAUCUUAAUUGACAAAGUAAAGCUAUUGCAUGCUCAACUUAGGAUAAGCACUACGACAAUGGAUAUGAAAUCCACCAAGCUUUCAAGACCGGUUGAAGCUGACUCAAAAAAUCUUAAAUCCAACCGUGAUUGCCUGCAGGCUUUGUGCUAAUGUUGUUAGUUCAGGCAUAUGUUUCUUCCAUGGCGUCUGAUGCAUGCUGGGCUACAGGAUGAUUCAGAUACAAAGAGAAGGGUACUGUAAAAAUGGGCUGAGGUGAACUGAAUCUGUCAUCACUGGACUGAUAACUCAGAUUUUAGUGUUGCCCUGCUUUUGGUGAAUGGCACAGAGAAAGACAAUUUGAAUUUAUUCUUGCAAAGCAAGUUCCCUGUUUUAUCAAUAGCUUCUUGUAGAUUCAGGGAUGACAAAUUCUGAUGCACUCAUUUUAAAGUAUUUUGGUCACAUUGUCUCUUGAUGCCUUCUUUUAAAUGAAUUAGUAGAAGGAGAGGAAUUUAAGUUGUCAGGAUUCUCCCUACCCCAUUUCUUUUCUUUUUUUUCUUUCUUCCUUUCUUCCUUUCUUUUUAUCAAGUGUGGAUUGCCAGCAUAACUUUGAGGAAACCAGGUUGGAUUUAGACUCUUUUUAUGCAUUUUCUAAUUUCCUGUUCAUAUAUCCAAAUGGAAACUAUCCUCUACAGAUUAUUACCUGGCACUAAUUUAUAACUAUAAUAUUAUUGAAUGCUGUGUAGCAUUUUAUUAAUGCACAGGAUAAAAGAGAGCAGGUCUGUAUAAAUGUAUGCCUCUACACAUAAAUAUUAAAUGAGUUUACUGUACCAGGUCUUACACUUCACUCUUAUUGAGAUUAAAAGUAACAAAUUGGUCUUCUUAAAUAUAUUACUGUUGAAAAAUAUUUUACCAUGCAUUUCUAUGCCCUUUCAGGGUCAGUGACUGAGUUGGUGGAAAUGGCUAGUUUCAUUCACAUACCCUAUUUGUUUUGACUUUUAAAAGUAAUCUACCUCUUAAAAUUUGUAGUUUAAUACUUGUUUGGUGAAUUUGUGCCACUUUAACUCUUUCACUAUCAUUCCCAUUUUGUUACAUUUCUGUUAUGGGGACUUUAUGUUGAAAUAUUGUAUAAAGCAUUUGUAGCAGUUUAAAAAAUAAAAUAUUUAAAAUUAUUUAAAUUGUUUUGGACACUUCAAUUGUAUUAUAUGUGAUUUACAUUUUACAUUAAUUUUUUGUUUUAUUUUGAGUUGUUAAUCUGGAGAGUGUUCCUGUAUUUGAAGUUUGCUGUUAGUUACAUUACUGUUUCUUGUUGAAGAGUGAUCUAAAGACUAUUCUAAUGCAAACAUUAAAAUUUACCAUUUGAUGUAUAAAUGGGGUUGUCCCUUUGUUUUUAACCAGUUGUACCCUUGACAGAAAUCUUAAGUACAGGUAGAAAACCAGAGUGGUGUUUGCUAUCUCCUCAUCCCCCAAGAUGGAAUAAAUUUUGUGAACUUGUCAGAUUGAUAAAAAGAUCUUUUGAUGCUCUUGCAAACACUUUAAAUGACCAGCUAGAUGGGCUCUGAUGAUACAUUUUAUAUAAUUGUAACCAAUAAAGUAAACUUUCUAAACACUUGUGAAAGGUUUUCAUUUUGUCCAAAAAUCUAGACUGGCCCUCCCUCCCACCCCUUCACCCCCCCCAAAAUCAAGGUUCAUUCAUGGAAGACUUUUGAAAGCUUGCAUUGUUCAAAAAGAGCAAUGCAGUAAAGCAAACCAAAAAAAAAAAAUAAAUAAAUCACACUCUUUUGUUGUUUCUCUGUGGCAUUGAGUUAAGUAUAUAUUGAGACUGUACCAAAUGGUGACAUGCAAUAUGUAUAGCACUAUUGCUCAUGAGGACUUUGUGAACUCUGAAAGUCUGAAAGAUUUGAAGUGAAUUUCAUAUACAUGGCACUUGUUUUAAAUAUUGCUCUGUUUUGUUCAUAUUGAUAUUCUAUCUUUAAAAAGUUGAUGUAGUAAUUUUAAAUUAUGUGAAUCUCAUACCAUGAAACAAGGAACAAUUGUAACAUGUUUAAUGUUUUAAAUGGCUAUUAUAUAUUUACCUGCUUUAAAAGCUCAUCACUGCUCAGGCAGAAAGGGAAAUUAAAAAUAAUGGUAUAACCAUUCUGUGCUCUAUAGCCAGGUUUUUGCCUAGUGGAUAUGAUACCUAGUAUUAACAGUUUAUCUGUUUCACUGAAGUUUACUUAGCAUAUUCUAGUAAGAAACUGUUUACUUUUUCAUCUGCUUGACUUCUCAUUCCAUAGAACUAGCUAAGAGAUCCAUUACAGUUCUAUGAUCUUUGAUAUGCUUUUAAUACAUUUAUUUGGAUUAUAUACUAUAUAUGAAUUUUAUAUCUAGAUUUGGCUAAUUGUUGGGGGCACAGAUAUUUUUUCCUUAGAUCAACUUUGGAGUUACCUUGCCCACUAUGAAAUUUGUCCUGGAAUGCCAUUCAAUCUAGACCUGCAGACUCACAUUCAAAAUAACAAUGUAGUAUAUGUCAGAAUAUUCUUUUACUUACUCCCUUUAAGCCCUUCUCCAUAUUGACCUCUUUGUAGUUUCCUAAUAUUCAAGACAUGCUUUACCUGAAGCCAAAGUUACUUUAGUUUAUUAUGCCAGGACAUCUCAUUUGAAGCUCCUGAAUAUUAUUUCUCUAUUCAAGUUAAAUGUGUCACUGGAGUUCUCUUUAAGAUCCUGGAACUGAUUCUUUGCUGAAAAAAACUUUGACAAAGGGAAAGUACUCCCAUAUAUUGAAAUAAUUGGGUACCUUUUCAGCAGUAAGAAUCAUUAACUGGUGUGGUUGGUUUGAAUCUCUUUAGGCUUAAAUAUCUGAAGGAGUGAAAACUAAUGGAAAGAGCAUGUCUCUGUUGCUAAUUUAAAGUGUUAAUUUGUGUUUCAUUAUAAAUUCAUCUCUAAUUCUACAUAUUCCAAUUUGAAUGUUUAAAAAUUGCUUUUAAGCAAAAUGAGCUAUAGAUUCAAUCAAAUAUUGCUUGGUGGUUGUAUUUUCCAAACUAGUGGUUAACCUUUUUUAAUCAUAAGUUUUGUGGUUUUGUUUUUUUAACUUUAAAAAAGGAACAGGCAAGGUUUCUAACUUUCAUAAAGAUGAUAUUUGCAGCUUAGUGGAAAGAGUAUUGGACUUGGAAAUGAGAGGCUAGGAUUUGAAUCUCACUUCUGAUACCUCCUAGCUAUGUGACCAUGGACAAGUAACUUCAAUUCUCAGCCUCAGUUCUUUGAUAUGUAAAUAGGGAUAAUACCUGGAUGGUACCUACCUCACAGGGUUGUUGUGAGGAUCAAAUGAAUUCAUGUAUGUAAAAUUGUUUUGCAAACUAUAAAGCACUAUUAAAAUGCCAGUUAAUAAUAAAUUGUAGAUGUCAUACAUGCAUUAAAUUUUUUUGCUAAAAUAA